CAAGAAACUGGUCAACCUCAGGUUGACAGCCCCCAAUCAAGAAAAAGAAAACAGAAGAUUGUGAAAGGACAGGAAUUUUUAGUAACCCAGAAGAAAAAAAAAAGUCCGGAAAAGAAAAAAUAAAGAAAUCACGAAAAAAGAAAUCUUAACUCCAAAAAGAAAAAGACAGUCUUUAGGUUCCUCCUGCCAGUUUUGCUUUCCUGCCAAAUCUAACAAAAUUUCUGUUUAGAAAUUUAAAUAAAAAAGACCAGAGAAGGAGAGGAGAGGAAAGAAGCCUGGGUUUUUAUCAAAUCAAUCAAAUCAAGCAGGCUUCUGUUGGUGAAAUCUUUCCCAGAGCCAGGACAGACCUGCUUUUCGUUUUUGUGUUUGAUUUUAUCACAGGUCCCAUAUCUGUGAUGCCUUCUUUAAUCAUCCCCACAAGGUGUUCCUAGAAAUGCUUGGGUGUUUUUGUCUGGAGCUCUCAUUGGGUAGUAAGAGAAUGAAGAUUGGUUUGGGUUAAGAAGAAGAAGAAGAAGAAAAAGAAGAAAAGGAAGGGGGGGAAGAAAGGGGGGUUAGGAAUAGAAGAGAAGAGAGAAUGAGCAAAGAAUUCAGUGGCAUUGUGAAGGCCUGGGAAUUGACAUUAAGGAAAUCACAAGCAGCUGCAAAGAAAAGGGCGAACGGAAUUUUCUCCACAAUGUCGGUGGCCCAUGUGGACGAUGACCUUGAUGCCCCUGGGGAGGUGUACCAUGUGGAGAAGAUUUUCUCACAUGGAGAUAUGUACACAGGGCAGUGGUCAGAUAACUGCCCCAAUGGGCACGGGAAGUAUCUGUGGUCAGACGGGUGCAUGUAUGUUGGGGAUUGGGUCAGUGGCAAGACGACGGGCAGGGGAAAGUUCAGCUGGCCUUCUGGAGCCACCUAUGAGGGCCAAUUCAAGAAUGGGUACAUGGAUGGUGAGGGCCUCUUCACUGGGUGUUCCAAUGACACCUACAAAGGCUCUUGGGUUUUCAACCUGAAACACGGUAGGGGCUUUUCGAAUUACGCCAAUGGGGACUACUACGUUGGAGAAUGGCGCCGUGGGCUGCCCGACGGGCAGGGGAGGUACCAGUGGAGCAACCGGAAUGAGUACAUUGGGCAGUGGAGGAACGGGAAGAUGAGUGGGAACGGGACAAUGACAUGGGAGAAUGGGAAUAAUUACGACGGGUGUUGGGAGGACGGAGAGCCUAAAGGGAAUGGAACCUUUAGGUGGAAGGACGGCAGUUUCUAUGUGGGUGUCUUUAGCAAGGACCCCGCGGAGCAGACUGGGACGUUUUACACUCCAGAUUCACAAGCUGUUGAUUCUCAUGAUUGGGACCCUCAAGAGUUGUAUUCGAUUCACAUGCAGGAAUGCAAGGUUAGUACUGGAGAGGAGAUAUGCGGGUGCCCUUCAGAGAAGAUGAUAAGCUGGCCUUGUGAAGGGGAGUUCCUGCAGAAACAGCACAUUGGGAAGGUUCACAAGACUAAAUCAAAGCCUAGACGAAAGUCUGUGGAUGGGAGGCUCAGUGAUGGAGAGGGGAUUAGUUUGGACAACGACACAGAUGCACAUUCGGAUAUACUCAGUGGGCAUUUUGGAUCACAAAGAAGUGAAGGGCUUGAGAGCUUUGAUUCAGAGACUUCUAGGGGAUUCAGAAACCAUUGCAUCCGGAUCCAACCAGCAAAGACUCAGGGAGACACAAUAUCAAAAGGGCAUAAGAAUUAUGAUCUCAUGCUCAACUUGCAGCUUGGAAUAAGACAUUCUGUAGGAAGACCUGCUCCAAAUACAUCACUCGACCUGAGAGCCACGGCUUUUGACCCCAGGGAAAAGAUAUGGACAAGAUUUCCCCCAGAAGGAACAAAGCACACUCCCCCUCAUCAAUCCUGUGAUUUUAGAUGGAAGGAUUACUGCCCACUGGUUUUCAGGACACUAAGAAAAUUGUUUAAGGUGGACCCAGCAGAUUACAUGAUAUCCAUAUGUGGCAACGAUGCUCUACGGGAGCUGUCUUCCCCUGGGAAAAGUGGGAGCUUCUUUUACCUGACCAAUGAUGACAAGUACAUGAUAAAGACGAUGAAAAAAUCAGAAGUAAAAGUGUUCAUACGAAUGCUUCCUGCUUAUUACAGUCACGUUCGUGCCUUUGAAAACACUUUAGUUACCAAAUUUUUUGGUCUUCAUUGCGUGAAGAUGACUGGGACAGCUCAAAAGAAGGUGCGGUUUGUUAUCAUGGGGAAUCUAUUUUGUAGUCAGUAUGUCAUUCACAGACGUUAUGACUUGAAAGGUUCUUCCCUUGGCCGCUUGACCGAUAAACCUGAAUCUGAAAUCGAUUCCACUACCACACUCAAGGAUCUGGAUCUCAAUUUUGUGUUUCGGCUACCCAAAGUUUGGUACGAAGAGUUCUGCAGGCAAGUGGACCACGACUGUGACUUCCUGGAACAAGAGAGAAUCAUGGAUUACAGUCUUUUGGUUGGUGUGCACUUCAAGCAAGUUUCAAGCUCUGGUGAACCAAUCUCAAUAGAUGCUCAUAGUUGUCGAGUUGGGACACAUGGAGAAACUGGAGAUUUUGAUGGUGAAGGACCUAGACAUUCUAGUGCUGAAUCUGGCUCUUCCAGGUUUCCGGCAGGUGGAAGUUUAGGCAUCAACAUGUCAGCAAAGGCAGAAUUGACAGUGAGGAGAAGUGAUGAGCUGCUAGUAGGGGAACCAACUGGGCAGUACUAUGAUGUCAUUCUCUUCUUCGGUAUAAUAGACAUCCUACAAGACUAUGACAUCAGCAAGAAGCUCGAGCACGCGUACAAGUCGUUCCAAUACGACCCCACCUCCAUCUCUGCUGUUGAUCCGAGGCAGUAUUCCCACCGCUUCCGGAAUUUCAUACUCAAAGCUUUUGCAGAAGACAGCUAAAAGGGGCAGCAGCUGCUAUGAACAGAAGAAGAGCUUCAGUUAGGUCAUGCUGCAAUUGUACAUGAAAAUAGAAUGGAGUUGAGUUUAGGUUCUUUUUUCUUUGGGUUUUUUCUUUAACAUAUUACUCACUUUGUAACCCAUUCUUUUGUUCCAGACAAGUGUAUAGAAGCUGAAAUAUAAAGAAUUCACACUGCUGAUACACUCAAAUUGGAGUGAAACAUGUAAUGUAUGUACAUAUCUUGAAACUUUGUGGAGGGAGUAAAAGAAAUAGAGUUGAGUGGA